CUCCAUCUCCCAAGGCCUUCAGAAGCAGGAGGGGAGCAGCCAGCAUUCCUCUGCCUUGCACUCACUCACACUCCCCUGAAAGCUCAGCACAGUCCUGUCCUUCCAACCCCAUCCUUCCUUCCACACCCACCCAUGCCCAGCCUGCGCCUUCCAGCUGCUGCAUCUCUGCAGGGUUUCUGCUUUCCUGCAGAAACAAAGUUUGUGCUGACACAGAGUUUGUGUCACUCCCCAGGGUUCCCAGCCAGCCAAUGCCUUCUCUCAUUUCUUGGCCAGCCCCAUCCCGAGGUGUCUCACCCUCACUCACUGCUCCCUCUGCACACACCUUUGGGCAGCUCCAAGAGGCAGGUUGCUGAGAGGGUAGGGGCCUUUCCCCACAUGGUUCCCUGCUGUUUCGUGGUGGCCAUGCUGGCCCCUCUGGUGUUAGCCCUGGAACAGUCUCCACACAUGGUGAUAAAAGAAGGCCAAUCUGUGAAUCUGGAAUGUUCCAAGAAGAAAUCCUCCAGCACAGCUAUGUACUGGUUCAUUCUGCCUUCAGAGAAGAAUUCCAGUCUGACCCUACUGGCUUCUGCAGUACAAGGUGGUACCGGAGUGGUGGAGAAGGGUUUUGAGAGCCAUUUCAAGAGCAGCAAUAUCCAAGGAGACAGUAUCACCCUCUCAAUAGAACAUGCCUUUCUCAAUGACUCUGGCACAUACUACUGUGCUGAGGGUGAGCACAGUGAUGAGACUGCUGAGGGAGCUGAGCACAAACUUGUCCCAGCACAAACAGGACCUGCUUUACACCUUGUGGCUGACCCAUCCCAUGACUCUGUCCUGCACGACACAAACCCGUGCACAGCACAGGCCUGCAAAGAACUCCAGGUGGUUCCCACCCUGCAGAUUCCCAUGCUAAUGUCCAAGCAUCCCAGGACCUAA